GGCCAUCCCGCCGUGCCCCGCCGGCGCUCCCUCCUUCCCCCGCUGCUGCCGACGUGGCGGGGCGGGGACGGAGCCGGGGCUGCGCCGCGACGGACUGCGGAGCGAAUUGAAAAUGUCUGAAGAUUUAUGUGAUGGCACCCCAUCUGAAGAAAAACCUGAAGUAAUGGAAAUGCCCAGCAGUGAUGUAUUGCCUCAGGAAUCAGUACUGCUCCCUGUGGAAUCUGAGAUCCUGCCUGUGUCCUCACAAGAUGAGCAGGGACAGGCCACUCAGAGUGCCAGUAAUGGACAGAAGGGAGAUGUAUUUAUUAAUGAAAAUCCUUUGACUGAAGAAAUAGCUGAAAGUCUGUCUUCCAGUGGAGAGGUGACUGAAGACAUGCCCACUGAGUGCAUUGAGACUGUAAGCCUUGAUACAGAACCUGAGCCUGAAGAAACACUGCCUGAACAAAGUAGUUCAGCCGCAGAUUCAUCUAAAGCAAGUAGAUGGGAAGCUUGGGGUUCCUGGGGCAAGUCUCUCCUGUCAUCAGCUUCAGCCACAGUGGGUCAUGGGAUAACAGCAGUAAAGGAAAAAGCAGGAACUACCCUAGGAAUUCAUCAUGCAAGUUCAGCAUCUUCAGAAGGAGGAGAGCAUCCUGUGGCUGAAACAUCGCUUACACAAAGAGAAGAUUCUCCUGACCAAAGCUCUUCUGAUAAUAUUCCUCCUUCUCCUUCAUCUGGAUCUCGUGGGAUGUUGUCAGCUAUCAGUAAUGUUGUACAGAACACAGGGAAAAGUGUAUUAUCUGGAGGCUUAGAUGCUUUGGAAUUUAUUGGGAAGACAACCAUGAAUGUCCUUGCGGAAAGUGAUCCUGGAUUUAAGAGAACAAAAACACUGAUGGCAAGAACAGUUUCUCUGUCUCAGCUGCUGCGAGAAGCUAAAGAAAAAGAGAAACAGAGACGGGCCCAGCAAGUUACAGUUGAAAGAACAGCACACUAUGGACUGCUUUUUGAUGAGUUCCAGGGCUUGUCUCAUCUAGAAGCUCUAGAAAUCUUGUCAAAUGAAAGUGAAAACCAGAUUCAGUCAUAUUUGGAAACACUUGAUGGAGAACAAUUGGAGGUUGUGAAAAAUGAUUUAAUUGCUAUAAAGGAGAUUUUUCUUCCAAUGGAAUCGGAUGAUGAAGUGGUUCAGGCACAGAAAGCAGAUAUGGGAGAAGAGUUUGUCAGCAUGCUCACCGAGCUGCUAUUUGAAUUACAUGUGGCUGCAACUCCUGACAAACUGAACAAGGCUAGGAUGAAAGCUCAUGAGUGGCUGGAAGAAGCCAGUUUAUCCACCUCAGCAGACAUAGAAGAGAAACUAAAAGAAAAACCUGGAGAACCCGAUGAAGAAAAGACUGAAAAAGGAAAAGACAAAAGUGACAGUGAUAAAUCAGAAUUAAAUAAAAGCAAAACUGUGGAGGAAAUCUACAUGCUGUCCAUUGAAAGUCUGGCUGAGGUAACUGCUCGCUGUAUAGAACAGCUUCAUAAAGUAGCAGAAUUAAUUCUACAUGGGCAGGAAGUAGAAAAGACAGCUCAAGAUCAAGCAAAAGUACUGACAAAUUUAACAAGUGCUAUGUGCAAUGAAGUUUCAUCUUUAUCAAAGAAGUUUUCUGAUUCUUUAACAGCAGCUGGGAGCAAUAUGAAGGCAGAGAUUCUUAACCCCAUCAUUGACAGUGUAUUAUUGGAGGGCUGCAACAGUACUACUUACGUUCAGGAUGCUUUCCAGCUAUUGCUUCCAGUGCUGCAAAUUUCACAUAUCCAGACCAGUUGUUUGAAAACACGAGAGUGAUGGUCUCCCAGCAGUUGUCACUUCUGAGCUUAACAGGCCACAGACCUAAUGCCUUUAAUGUGUGUGGAUGGAAGAGGUGGUAUGGAAGAUGUCUGGCCUUCAGGAGUCUUGUGAAGACACUCAAUGUGGUUUUGCACAUGCAAUAUCAAGCAACAUCUUAAAACUCUUUCAGACUUUUAGAUUUCAGAAACAGUUAGAAAAGUGAGUCAUUUCUUUUCCAUCAGAGUAUAUACCCUUUGCAUUAAUUUAAAUUGGAUUAAUGAUUUAUUGGUAUUGACGGAAAAGCAGAUUCUAAAUGUUGACCCUUGUGUUUGUACACAAAAUAUGAAGCAAAUUAGAAUGCAAGGUUCUUUAAAACAUUUCAGCCCAAAUAGUAAUUUCCUUUGCUUGCUUCCUGUCAGUUAAAAAUGUGUAUUUCAAAAGGUGCUUUCAGUAUUUAAGUUUAGUCAACAUGAACAAAUUACCAUAGUGUUGCGCUUGUUAAAUAUUAUUUACAGUAGUAAAUGAUAACUUUGUAAUAAUCUCACCACUUACAUAACACUUUGUGUUCAAGGAGUUGCACAGUAAUAGGCACUAACUUUGCUGAGUUAAAAUUCUGGAGGAUAUGCAUACAGAAUUAUACUAAAAAGAAAUGGGGUGAGGCAGAAAUUUUCCCUUUUGAUUAAUUGACUGUGGUUUACGAAACACCCCCCCAAAUAAUCUCCUGUCAGAUGUGUUAACAGGUUACAAUUUGGGGUUCUAAUUUGGUGCUUAAAUAUUAUGAACCUUUUUACCAAAAGGAGUUACAAACACUGACAAGACAGAAGUAUCGUUUCGGGGCACAACAGUGAAGUUGUGAAGAGGGGUGAUGAGACGAUUGCUGUGGGUAUGUUGGAACAGUCACCCUUUCUUUGAGGCAGUGGCUUGGCGUGCAGCUGAGCAGCAGGAAUGCUGCAGGAUAACACUAACAGCUGUGAUACCUUCACAUACUCUUAGCUUAAAAUCCUGCACUGUGAACCUCAGUGUCUCUCUAGCCCAGUUUACCUCCAAAGACAGGAAGACCCUUCCAAUAUUUUAUGUAGCCUGUUCUCCUGGAUUUUUGUUAUUACAUUUCUUACAGCUGUUUUUUUUUCCUCCCGAUACACUCAUGAAUUUUAUUGAAAUAUUUUUUAAUUGUAGCUAGCAUCUGAAUAUGUUUAAUCAUAGGUCCAUAGUUCAUACGUUGUAAAAAAAUAAUGGUACGGAAGAAGUAAUUUCCUGUUUGUUAGAAAGGAGAAACCAUGUAUCUGCUUUGCAUAUGGUGAGUCCACAGAAGUGAUGACAGGAAGGUUUGUUUCUGUCUUACGCUGUUGGCCCUGAUCUGCAGCUACAGGCACUGCAACUGUAGGGAAGGAUGAAGUUUUCACCGCCCCUGCAGUCAGUUUGUUAUGCAAAAUGUAUUUUCUGCUGCUCUGUAAUUUUAAAACAUCUUUCUGAGAAAGUAGAAAGGGUACAUCCUUCAAAUCCACUUGCACAGAAUGUGCUUUAAAAAGUACCGGGAGCAAAAGCAAGCAAACUCAUUGGCAGCUGGAAAGGGAAGGAAAGUUUGACGUUCAUUGGUAUUUAUGCCAUACUGAACAGCUGACUUCACUACAAUGUGGUUUAAAAAAAAAAAAAAAAAGGACACUGGAAAAUGUAACUGGUGAGCAGACUCAGCAGCCUGAGGUAGGAUACACCUCCCUCCAGUCAUGAUAUCUGUGCUGCUUCCAUCUGACAUUGCUUUAUUUCUGGAAAUGUGUUUUCAAAUGAAAUUUUUUUUAACUCUAUGUUUCUCUGGCCUCUGCACUUUGAGAGGAAUAAACUUACUCCUCAAUGGUAGUCCUGUCUGGUUGCUGGGAGAAACACGCAUGUAUGUGACCAGGAGUGGCUCCUGUAUGCACACAGGCCCAGAACAACUCCUCGGUGUGGAUUACUGAAGACCACAUGCUUUCUCCAUAUACUUGACCAUGAGCAGUUUUCAGUUCUAAAUAUCUGGACACCAAUUAAAACAGUAAGAAAAUUGUAAAAAGUUCUUUUGUGUAAAGCAUUUUUUCCUGUUCUGUGCUGGCAAGCAGAAUAUGAGACCUGGUUAAAAACUGUUUUAUUUUUCAAACAAAGACUGUCAAGAAAGCCUGGUGUUUUCAGCUCUCGAUCAUUACAACUUGGACUUACUCUUACUUCAAUUUGAUCAUAAUCUUUUGUCAGGAAGCCUUGCUGCCCCUGUUGGUGUAGAGCUCCAUGGCAGGUACCUGUAAGCACGGUAUUACUGCCCAUGGAAUCAUCCAAGGGACAUACCAAUAGCUCUUUUAUACAGCUCCUGUGUUGAGUUAAUGUUUUCUGAUAGAAACGAUUUUAGUUACUUUUCCUUAUGGACCUUUUGUUUUCCUCUGAAAUACAGUGCAGAAUAUAUAGUGUUAAACCUGUCAGAAAAAUGUGGUAACUAAUAGUGGUGCUUUUUAGCGGGGGCUGAACAAUACUGUAUUAGAAGCCUCAGGGGAUAAUGUUUAAAUGGUUGAGGGACAUUCUUAAGACAAAGAUUGCUUGUCUGAGCUAUUCCUUGUGAGAGGUUUCGCUGUCUUGCUUAAAUUAUGUAUGUAUUGAAUAAAGUACCUUGCCCUGAAGGAAAAGAAGUUAUAAAAAUAACGUGUAGCAUUGAGUGCUCGCAUCCAUACAAGAUAGGAACAGAAACAGGACACAGUAUAAACCUAGGGAUACUCCAUGUGAUCUCAGAUUUAUCCCGGGAGAACUGUGAUGCUGAAUCUUUAAAUCAAUUUUAGGCAAAUACUAUUUUAUUAGAAAAGCACCACAUAGAUGUAACCAGAAUAUUUUGUUUAUAUUGGCUUGUAUUUUUCUAUCAGUCAAUAAAUCAUUUGAGAUACAGAACUGGGACAGCGUACUAAAAAGUGUUAUAAAGAAUAACAUGAUGGGAAGCAAACUGAGUGAAGUACUUCUGACUUUGUGAUAUACCUUUGGAUUGAUGAAUGGGAUUUUAUUGAGAGCCUGACAGAGACAGACAUUGCCAUAAGCUUUCAUGGGAAAUUCUUCCUUCUUUCACCUUUUUCCUAGUCAGUACAGUGAGUGUGCUCUGGCAUUUGUUGAACUACUGGGUUUUAGGUAGUUAUUUAAAAAAUAGCCUCAAUUGUGGAAAGUGCCUGCUGUCUUGAGCAGCUUGGGUUUUUGUGACAUUUUGUUCACUGUUGAGUACACCUUUGCACACAGAAAGGAAAGCUUUUGGACACACAGGCUUUUGAACACUAGGCUGAGAAAUAUACCAAGAUUAAACUAAAACAAUGUCUGCGCACCCACAGGCUCACAGAUAAGCCACUACUACACGUCUCAGCAAAGUAAACUAUGAGGUAAGUCACUUACCAUACUUUUAAUAUACAAGGUAUUUGCUUUUUCUUUCUUUCUUUCUUUUUUGCAAACAAAGCAAGCUGUAAUUUGUUUGCUGCCUUUUAGGGUGUAGUCUAUUCAUGUGUAAACAUCUCUUCCCCAUGAUUUGCUCCUACACUCCAGCAUCCAUUGCUUCAGACAGCUACACAAAAGAACUGUCUCUUCUACUUCUUUCAUGUUGCUUAGAUCACCCACUGAAGCCCUGAAUAUCAUUCUCUAAAAUAUGCUUUCAUCGUAUAAUACAAAAUUACAGUUAUUACAAGUUGACAUCUUUUUAAUGUCUCCAGUGUCACCCACGGGUCAGAAUUCACAAUAAUCUGAAUGAGUCUGAAACCCCGCAAUAUUUUGAGUGACAAAUACAGAUUUUCACCCCCCCCCCCUUUUUUUUUUUUCCAGAAUCAGAGAAGUGGUUUUUAGCACACAAGCAGUCACCCUGCUCAUCGGAUUAUCUUUGAGACGUUCUGCUUCUAUCUCAAAUGACAGCCCUGUCCUUUCUGUUAGUCUCAAAAAAAUGUAAAGAGUGGAAAACUACUUUCCUGAGUUCUUUUAAAAACCAUCCGAGAGCAAGGCUUAAAGUGACACCCUCAGCCAGUCUGACCUACUUUGAGAUUCAUAGUCUGACUGGAAAGCCCUCUGGACUUGACGCAUUUUUUUCUGUUUCAGGUCAACCUUUGUUGCUGAGAAUAUGAGAAUAUGAACAGCUGCUUUUUUGUGCAGCCUGUACGUUUUCCAUGCUCAGAUACCAACCUCAGCGCUCACAGUGCUCAGUGUUUAUAGAAUUGUAUUGCUGAUGGCGUGCUGUUUUGCAU